CUCUUAUGGUGUGAACGCGAUUAUUCCUAUGUGUCUCUAAGAUUAAACAAGUAAUGGAAAUUUUGAGCAUUCGUAAUCCUUUUUCCCUAACGUAUUCGUAAUCUAAUCGGCUAUGAAUCAAUCCAUAUUCACCAGAAUCCAUAAUAUAAUCAAUUAUUCAGCAAUAAUUACGGUUGGUCCACACAAAUAUAGACCCACUCACCUUCACCUACAACUUCCAGUUGCAGUCAAUACUCUGCAUCUCCCUCUUUCUCUCUCGCUAUAUAUAGUUUACACACACGCCACUACCCAAAUACAAAGCACUGACUUCUUCCAUUAACAAGCUUUUCUUCGUUUAUCAUCACCAUCACCAUCAUCAUCAUCAUCAUCAUCGUCAUCAUCAUCAUCAUCAUCAUGACGUAUGAGAACAAUAGUGUACCAAGAAUUGUAAUCAAGAAAGUUCUAGCAAAGCUUGAGAAGGAAGGUGAAGGAGCUGUCGUUAGAAAUGGCAUCACAAAGAUUGACCAGAAGUUAUUGGACCCGUUCGUGUUGCUAGUUGAAUUUUCCUUUUCACUCUCAGCUGGAUUCCCAGAUCAUCCUCACAGAGGUUUUGAAAGUGUUACAUACAUGCUACAGGGAGGUAUCAUUCACAAAGAUCCUAAAGGUCAUAAAGGUACAAUUCAAGCCGGAGAUGUUCAGUGGAUGACAGCAGGAAGAGGAAUCAUUCAUUCCGAAUUUCCGGAAGAAGAAGUAAACAAUGGUUUACAGCUUUGGAUCAAUCUCCCUUCCACUGAAAAAAUGACUGAACCAAAAUAUAAGGAACUAUCGAGUUUAGACAUUCCUCGAGCAGAAGAAAACGGAGUUGAGGUCAAAGUCAUAGCCGGAGAUUCAAUGGGAAUCAAAUCUCCAGUCUACACAAGAACACCAACAAUGUUCCUUGACUUUACCCUCAAGCCAGGAUCUCAAACCCACCAAACCGUUCCAGAAUCAUGGACCGCUUUCGCUUACAUUAUAGAAGGCGAUGAAGGUGUUUUCGGUUCCUUGAACUCUUCCGCAAUAUCGGCCCACCAUGUUGUUGUGUUUGGGCCAGGGGAUUUAGUUAGCGUGUGGAACAAGUCAACUUCGAGGUCAUUGAGGUUUUUGUUGAUUGCAGGGGAACCUAUCGGCGAGCCUGUGGUUCAGUGUGGUCCCUUUGUGAUGAAUUCACAGGCGGAGAUCGAUAUGGCUUUUGAUGACUAUCAGAAUGCUAAGAACGGGUUUGAAAUGGCCAAGUGUUAGAGGUUACAGUGAAAAGAGUUUGUAAACAAAAACCAUUCUGAUUAUUUUGGAUUUUGUUGUCUUUAUUCCACAUUCAAGAUGAGAUCAAUGUUAGGGGCUAUAAUAUCAACCAUCUCUUUCAUAAAGUCGAUUAGACUCGAGAUCGUAUUACAGCUUUGACUACAAAUGGAUCAGGAAAGCUUGAGACAAAUGAAAACAUGUUCACAAUUUCAACUUCUAUGUCACUAAUCCACCAUAUGGGCAUUAAAACAGAGUGACACAACCAUACUAAAACAUGUUAAAUACUCA